CAGUCCCGAGCCGGCGCCUAUUCGACGCUGCGCUGGGGCCUGCGCCGCGGCCCUCCACUUCCCCGCCGUUACCCCGGCAACGGCGCCGUCGACAGAGUGAGGAGUGCGGGCCUGGCGGCAGGAUGAUGCUCUCCCGGGCCAAGCCGGCAGUGGCGGAUACCCCGCCGCCGUUAGACAGCCGGAGGAAGAAAGGGAAGAAGGUGCCGCAGCUGGAAGAGCUCCUGGCCGUGAGGGACUUCACCGGCGCAAUCGCCUUGCUGGAGUUUAAACGGCAAGUGGGUGAGCAGGAGGAAGAUACUGACCUUUGGAUGGGAUACUGUGCCUUUCAUUUGGGUGACUACAAGAGAGCACUGGAGGAAUAUGAGGCCUUAACCAAACAACCAGCUUGCAAUCCAGAUGUUUGGGUGAACCUUGCCUGCACAUAUUUCUUUCUGGGAAUGUAUACACAAGCUGAACAAGCAGCCUUGAAAGCACCUAAGAGUUGUCUUCAGAACCGUUUACUCUUUCACCUGGCACAUAAGUUCGGUGAUGAGAAGAAACUGAUGAGCUCUCAUCAGAAUCUGCAUGACAUUACAGAAGAUCAGCUUAGCUUGGCAUCUAUCCACUACAUGCGGUCCCACUACCAAGAAGCUAUUGAUAUCUACAAACGCAUUCUUCUUGAUAAUCGGGAAUAUCUGGCCUUGAAUGUGUAUGUGGCCCUAUGCUAUUACAAACUGGAUUACUAUGAUGUAUCACAGGAAGUGCUAGCUGUUUAUCUUCAGCAAGUUCCUGACAGUACCAUUGCUCUUAACCUUAAGGCUUGUAACCAUUUCCACCUUCACAAUGGGAAGGCUGCUGAGGCAGAGCUCAAGAACUUGACAGAGAGUGCUUCAUCAUCAUUUGAGUUUGGCAAAGAGCUCAUUAAGCACAAUCUGGUGGUGUUCCGAGGAGGAGAAGGGGCUUUGCAGGUCCUGCCUCCUCUGGUGGAUGUUAUUCCUGAGGCAAGACUAAAUCUUGUGAUUUACUACCUCCGGCAAGAUGAUGUGCAGGAGGCUUAUAACCUGAUGAAGGACCUGGAACCUACAGCUCCACAGGAGUACAUCCUCAAAGGAGUGGUAAAUGCAGCAGUUGGACAAGAAAUGGGCUUGAGAGAUCAUCUGAAAAUUGCUCAGCAGUUUUUCCAGUUGGUGGGUGAAUCAGCCAGUGAAUGUGAUACCAUUCCAGGAAGACAGUGCAUGUCCUCCUACUUCUUUCUUCUUAGACAGUUUGGUAAUGUCCUGAUUUACCUCAACUCAGUCAAGAGUUACUUCUACAAUGAUGAUACUUUUAACUUCAACUAUGCUCAAGCCAAAGCUGCCACAGGCUGUUUUAAUGAGGCUGAAGAGGUGUUCCUUUUGAUCCGGAGUGAGAAGAUAAAGCGUGAUUUUGUUUACCUUAGCUGGCUAGCUCGCUGCUAUAUUGUGAAUAAGAAACCACAGUUGGCCUGGAAGCUCUAUCUGGAGAUGGAGACGUCAGGAGAUUCAUUUAGCCUGUUGCAGCUCAUUGCCAAUGAUUGUUACAAAUUGCGUCAGUUUUACUAUUCAGCCAAAGCAUUUGAUGUUCUGGAGAGACUGGACAGCAAUACUGAAUACUGGGAAGGCAAGAGAGGUGCUUGUGUGGGUGUCUUUCAAAUGAUCUUAGCUGGACAAGAAGCAAAAGAGACUCUACGGGAAGUAUUGCAUCUUCUGAAGAGCACUGGCAAUUCUCAAGUAGAAUACAUUGUCCGCAUCAUGAAAAAGUGGGCCAAGGAGAACAGAGUCCCUGUUUAAGUCAGUGCCACAAAAUGAACUGGGUCAGUUACUGCUCUGUGCGUGGCUUCAAGAUGUGGGUCCUGGUUUCUUCUGUGCAUUCUGGGUAUCUCCUUCCUUGCAAAACUUUAAAUGAUCAAGCAGAUUGACGCAGCUGAGCAACAGUGUAGUGGAGUGAGAUUGCAAAACAUGCAGCAAGUUUGGUUUGGGUUUUUUUUGGUUGGUUGGCUUUUAAACCUUUACUGGUACUUUUCCUGUUGCAUCAAUCUCUAUUCCUCAUUCUAAUUUUCAGGUUUUUAGUAAUAGUUCCAGCUGUCCACAAGUCAGAGUGUUCCUCAGAUUUCUCCACACAAGUUACUGGACUGCUCUGUGGGCUUUUUUUCCAGCAAGCCUUCUGGCCUCUGGAGAAAACUCAUUUGUUGAAUGACUGAGAAUUGUUGAAUGACUCUAUUCAGCAAGUGAUGGAAUGUGCAUAUAGAGAAGAUGACAGGGACUACCAAAAGCAAAUACUAGGGUAUCAGGUAAUAUGUAAACACGUAUAUUACCUGUCUGGAGUAAAAUACAAACCAUGUUCUGAGCACUGUCCUUUUCUGGAUAAAUCUUAAUAACUAUUACCAUCAUUUAUUUGGCUGACUGUAUUGUUUAAUCUUGCUUUGUAGGUUUGACAUUCAAAACACUGAUUCAUGUUAAUACAAUUCAUGUGAGUGAUCCAUUUAGUUUAGCAAUCUGAUGGAUAAAAGAGCAGGAUGCUUUGAAUAAUUUUCUUCAGCAUUUACCACCCUCAUUAGCAAUAUAUUUAUUAUACUUGGGAUUUAUUAUACUCUCCUGUUCUUUAAAGAGAACAGUUCAGGGAAUAUAUAAUUCUAAGAAGGCAUCAGUUGUAAUAUAGAAAUGUGUUAUAAUUUUUGUAGUGUGAAACGUGUACAUUGUUUCUAAAAGGAAAGUUUACAUUUUGUUGAUCUGUAAAAUACUGACAAAGUAUUUUUUUAUCUUUUUAGGGGGAACUCAGAAUACUGUAUUCUCUAU